GGGUGUGUUACUGAGCCUCCGACGCAGCCCUGCCUAUUAUUUUGCUUGACGUUCUUCCUUCUUGCUCUUGUCAUACAGUUUGGGGAUGUCUUUUUAUGUAGGCAAAUGUUACAACUGAUAGUAAUGAAGGAUAUCUGCAAGAAUCCAAGAUAAAUAAUUUUUCGAACGUUGAUUAUUAUUCGACGGCUACUUUUUCGGAAGUGGUCCAUCGCGAACAGAAAGAGAAAGGGGGUAACUGUAUAUUCGCCGAUGCUUUAUCCGCAAUUGUCAUGUCGUUGUAUUGUUUCUGUUGACGGUUAAUUAUUAAAUAAUCAACUAUGAAAUGCUGGUUGACAAUUAGUCUUAAGUCGUUCAGUGUUUUGCCUUGGGAGUGGUUGGUUUUGCGAGCAUCAUUUGGCACCCCCCCAAAAAAUACAGAUUUCUCAACGACAGACAUCCCCCCAUGGUCGUGGUACGCGCAGACUACCUGACCUAUGUUUUUAGUUUUGCCAAUUGUUUUUAUUGGAUAUAACAAACUUCUGUGUUCCGGACAUACACCCACAGGCAUCACUGGACCACACAUAAUUGCUUUCUAAAAAAUAUUUUUAGCAUAGUAAUGGUGCGAUAGUGAGAAUAAACCCAUUUUGGUUUCAUUUUAUUUCCAUAAUGAAGCACAGCAUUGAUGCCUUUCUUCACAUGAAGAAUCAGCCAAACAUGAAGUGGAUAGUCUAGUAAGUAGGCGAUUCAGACAGUUUUCUAGACAAUUGUCUGUAUCAUUUCGUGUUCGGUGCUGCCCUUUUACAAUAAAAAUGAGUAUUGUUUGAGGAUACAAUUCUGUCUCACUGCUCUCGAACCUGGGGUUGCCGGUAGGAUUGGCGUCUAUUGCCUUUGAACACUGGCUAGGCGGUGGAGCGGCCAAUGUCGACUGUUAUCCUCGGUAGAAUAUAACGUUAAUCCUGUACAUACCUACAUACAAACCAAGUUGGCAUUUAGUCUAAUAGAACGGAUACCUCAGGGACAAUGACUUCUCGUGCAGCACUACCUGGGAACGAUCGGAAAUCGGACCUCCAUACCUCUCUCUCGACGAGCCGCUCGGAGAAAAGCACCGGUUGGUCGAGCAGAUCACUCGGAGCACGAUGCCGGAACUCUAUCGCCUCAUGUUCGGACGAGCAGCCGCACAUCGGCAACUACCGUCUGCUCAAGACCAUCGGCAAGGGCAACUUCGCCAAGGUCAAGCUGGCCAGGCACAUCUUGACGGGCAAAGAGGUUGCAAUAAAGAUCAUUGACAAAAACCAGCUCAACCCGACCAGCCUACAGAAGCUCUUCAGAGAGGUACGGAUCAUGAAAGGCCUCAACCACCCAAAUAUCGUGCAGCUGUUUGAGGUGAUCGAGACAGAGAAUACGCUCUAUCUGAUAAUGGAGUACGCCAGUGGAGGUGAAGUGUUUGAUUACCUCGUGUCCCAUGGGAGAAUGAAAGAGAAAGAGGCGCGGGCCAAAUUCCGUCAGAUUGUGUCUGCUGUACACUACUGUCACCUGAAGAACAUUGUUCACAGGGAUCUUAAAGCGGAGAACCUCUUGCUGGAUGCCGACUCCAACAUCAAGAUCGCAGACUUUGGCUUCAGUAACGAGUUCACAAUGGGCAACAAGCUGGACACGUUCUGUGGUUCCCCUCCCUACGCCGCACCAGAGCUGUUCCAGGGGAAGAAGUACGACGGGCCUGAGGUGGACAUCUGGAGCCUGGGGGUCAUCCUCUACACUCUGGUCAGCGGAUCGCUGCCCUUCGACGGGCAGAACCUCAAGGAGCUGCGGGAGCGUGUUCUGCGGGGGAAGUACCGCGUGCCUUUCUACAUGUCCACCGACUGCGAGGGCAUCCUGCGCAGGUUCCUGGUGCUCAACCCCACCAAACGCUGCACCCUGGAGCAAAUCAUGAACGACAAGUGGAUUAACUCUGGCUACGACGGAGAAGAACUGAAGCCUCAUAUAGAGCCCCUGGAGGACCAUAAUGAUGCCAGCCGCAUCGAGGUGAUGGUGGGGAUGGGUUACACCCGUGACGACAUCAAAGACGCUCUGACCACUCGGAAGUACAACGAGGUCACCGCCACCUACCUGUUACUGGGACGCAUGAAUGAGGUGGAGGGCAGCGAGUCUCGGUCAACCAGCAGUCUGAGCCUGGCGCGGGUACGGCCCAGCACCGUCAUCAACGGCACCAGUAAACACUCCACCUCCUCCACCACCUCCGCCUCGGCCUCCUCCUCCUCUCACAGCAAGACCACCCAGCGCAGCGCCUCCACCUACCACCCCCGCAGGAGGCACAGUGACUUCUGCGGUCCAGCAGCGCCCCCAUCCCACCCCAAGCGUAGCCCCAGCAGCGUGGCGGGGGCAGACAGGGAGCUGAAGGAGGAGGGGGGGCGCAUGGCGUCCCGGAAGGUCAGCAGCAGUGUGGUGGGCAGCCGUUCCAUCCAGCCCCCCUCCAGCCCCAUGGUCAGCAGCGCCAACAACCCCAACAAGUCAGAGAUCCCCGACCGCCGCAAGGAGAUUAUCACCGCCACGAACAACGUCCCGGCAAGUGCCAUGAUCCGCCGGAACACAUACGUGUGCACCACGGACCGGAACAGCACAGACAGGCCCUCCCUGCUGCAGAACGGCAAGGAGAACAGCUCCAUUUCCCACCGGCUGCCCCCGGCCUCGCCCUCUACCCACAGCAUCGCUGGGGCCUCGGGGACCUCCUCCUCCGCGGGCUCCCGCCUCACCCGGGGCUCCAGCAUCCGCAGCACCUUCCACGGUGGCCAGCUGAGGGACCGGCGGCCUCCCUCCCACGCCCCUCCCACCUCCCCCACCCUGUCCCACGACGCAAGCCCCCUGCCCCACGCACGUACCCGCGUCACCUCCAACCUGUUCAGCAAGCUCACCUCCAAGCUCACACGCAGGGUCAAUCUUGACCCCUCUAAGCGUCCCAACUCAAACAAGUCCGUCUCGGGCUGCACUCUUCCGCAGGGAUCAAAAACAGUUAGGUCACAGACGAACCUGAGAGAGUCUGCAGAUCUCCGGUCACAAGCCUCGGCUGCACAGUCUCUGGUCAGACAGUCUCUGGUUAAAUCCAGCAGUCGCCAUCUACCUGGGCAUCAAAAAGCGGCAGAGCCCCGGACCCCCCGAUGCGGCUGGGAUGUGAGGGUGCGGAGCCCGCGGGACCCGGCGGAGGUGGUGCUGGCGCUGCGCGAGGCGGCCCAGGGCUUCGGCUGCCAGGUCCACCUAGCUGGGCCCUUCCUGCUCUCCUGCACCCACGGGGCGGCCGGCUCACGCGUGGCCUUCGAGGCUGAGGUGUGCCAGCUGCCCGCCGGUCCAGCCGAGACCAGCGGCGUGCGCUUCAAACGCCUGUGGGGGGCGCCGCUUGCCUUCCGGGAUAUCGCCACAAAAGUGUCCAAAGAUCUGGAGCUCUGAGGGCAACAGGGGGUGGGGCAGAGGGCUUCUACACUGGACAGACUGACCGAGGGGGCGGGAGAAGGAGACAGACUGAACCCGCUACCCCCACUGCCAACCUCGCCUCACCCCCGCCAAAGACCCGCUUCUGGUGCCACACGGACACGCAGGCACACCGGCACGGACGGCCCGGCCCCGCCACUCACAGACCUAUGACCUAUGAACCCUGCUAAGGCACCUCAAUAUUAUGUGAAUCUAGGGAGUCAAGCAGUUCUUUUUUAAUUCCAUAUUUGCAGAUUAAGAUAUUUUUCGUCAACGUAGUUAUGAUUAUAUUAUAUUUGUUGUCAUUCCUUUUUAACAGCUGCUAUUUAAAAGGUUUUUAAUAUUGUUUUUCUUUUCUUCACUUCAAUGAGCAAUUGACAGACUGAAUGCAUAUUUAAGAAACAAGGGCCAGCCCUUUCCUAGACAGAACUCCAGGCUAUAGAGCAGGGGUGUCAAACUCAUUUUGCCAUGGACGCCACAUUCGUUCUUCAACGAGGUCCGGACGGCAACACUGAAAAUGUGUUAUAUUUCCUUGCCGUCAAAAUUAGCAUAAAAUAGUCUAUCCACCCUAUCCAUAAUAUUUUGCAUUUUUUAUGCUCCCUAACUGUCUAGCUUUCAUUUCAGUGAUUAUUAACAAUCUGGACACAAUCUAUAAACUGUAUGAAUGUAGGUCCAUUAUCUUAUAAUUUCUACACGGUUUCGAUUUGGCUGUAGUCAUUUUAAAAUAUUUUCAAAAUCAAAUUUUAUUUGUCACAUGACCUUACUGUGAAAUGCUUACAUACAAGCCCUUAACCAACAAUGCAAUUUUAAGAAAAUACCUAUUAAAAAAAGGUAAGAGAUAAGAAUAACAAAUAAUUAAAGAGCAGCAGUAAAUAUCAGUAGCGGGACUAUAUACAGGGGGUACCGGUACAGAUAUAUGAAAAAAAGACUCUUUGUUAUUUUUGUGGGGUUUUACUCAAACCCGCAGGCCAGAUUGGACCCCCUCGCGCACCGCAGGCCAUAUUUUUGACACCCCUGCUAUAUAGGGAGCCACGCCGAAAUACAGAGACGGACAACAAAAAAUAUUCUGUAAAACAAAUGCCAGACCCUUCUGCCCAUCCAUCGUCUGCUCAAUUCUGUACGACCCCGUCUGCUACUCUCGUCAAGUUUCGAUUUGUGUUUUGUAUAUACCGGAAUGUUGGUUGCUUAUGAGCAAAGCUGUCUGACUUCAAUGUCCAAAGCAGAGUAGGUGAUGACUGCUCUUCUGAGCCACUAACCUUUUGAUUUUCUGCGUUUCAGCAGGUAAUGUACACAAGCAUUCUACAC